CUGUCGUCGGGCGCGUCGAGCGGUGGUAGCUCCGGAUCGGUGUCGGUCUCGACGGGUGCUUCGACGGGCGGCGCAAGCGGGUCGAUCUCUCUGAGCGUGGGCUCGGGCGACGCGGCUACAGGAGGCUCCGUGAGCGUGGACGGCGGUCAAAGCAGGGCUGCCAGUGGGUCCAUCUCGUUGUCGACCGGUGUGUCUCUGGGCGGCAACUCCGGGGCGGUCAACAUCGUGACGUCGGGCGCGACGAAGGGUGCGUCCGGGGACAUCGACUUGCUGGUGGGGUCGGGCGACUCAAACGCGGGCGGCAACGUGCUUGUGCGCAGCGGCGACAGCAACCAGGGCGUCGGUGGGCGAGUGUCGGUGCAGGGUGGCAACGGCACCGCUACGGGCGGCAACGUGCAGCUGUCCGCGGGAUCUGGUACGUCGGUCCUUGGCGGCAGCGUCCUGAUCUCUAGCGGCAGCGGGGACAGUGCGACGAGCGGUGAUGUGGCCGUGUCGAGCGCGGCAUCGGGAACGGCGCUGACGAGCACGAGCGGUGCGGUGCGGCUGUCGUCGGGCGCGUCGAGCGGUGGUAGCUCCGGAUCGGUGUCGGUCUCGACGGGUGCUUCGACGGGCGGCGCAAGCGGGUCGAUCUCUCUGAGCGUGGGCUCGGGCGACGCGGCUACAGGAGGCUCCGUGAGCGUGGACGGCGGCGGUGUGGGCGAUUCGUCACUUGGUGGCAGCGUGCGCAUUACCAGCGGCAAUGGGACCACGGCGACGAGCGGCGAUGUGGUGGUGUCCACGGCGGGUUCGGGCUCUGCUCAGACGAGCGGCAGCGUGACGGUCUCGAGCGGCAUCGCAAGCGGUGGAGACUCUGGCUCUGUGUUGGUGGCGACGUCGGAUGGCUCCGCGAGUGGCAAGGGCGGUGAUAUCACGAUGCGCGUGGGAGCCGGAGGCAAGGCAGCCAGCGGCGCGAUCACGCUGUCUGCUGGCACGUCGUCAAGCACGGGAGGCAAUUUGGCGCUGAAUGGCGGGUCCGGAUCGACUAGUAUCGGCGGAAGCGUGCUUAUUGCUAGUGGCAGCGGCACCGACGCUUCAAGCGGCGAUGUAAGCAUCUCUAGCGCUGCCUCGGGUGCGACUCAUGCUAGCGGCAAUGUGGUGCUCUCGUCGGGCGUGUCGAAAGCAGGUAACUCGGGAGCGGUAUCGAUUUCGACAUCGGAUGCAACGGGCGGAAAAGGCGGCUCCGUCGAGAUCCGCAUUGGGAGUGGCGACGCUGAUACGGGCGGAGGUAUCAACGUUGUGGCAGGUACUUCUACCAAUACUACCGGGACAGGAGGAGCCAUUAGUCUGAAAGCUGGCGGCAAUGGGACCACGGCGACGAGUGGCGAUGUGGUGGUGUCCACGGCGGGUUCGGGCCCUGCUCAGACGAGCGGCAGCGUGACGAUGUCAAGUGGCAUUUCGAAGAGCGGUCCAUCGGGCGGAGUCUCCAUCUUGACUUCGGGUGCUACGAGCGGUAAGGGCGGCUCGAUCCUCGUGUCCGUUGGCAGUGGCGAUGCCAUUGAUAGUGGGUCGGUCAGUGUGCGCGGCGGAGAUAGCAGUGCCGGCGCGGGAGGCCUGGUCAGUUUGACAGGCGGAACGGGUAUUACAAGGGGAGGCAAUUUGGCGCUGAAUGGCGGGUCCGGAUCGGCCAGUAUCGGCGGAAGCGUGCUUAUUGCUAGUGGCAGCGGCACCGACGCUUCAAGCGGCGAUGUAAGCAUCUCUAGCGCUGCCUCGGGUGCGACUCAUGCUAGCGGCAAUGUGGUGCUCUCGUCGGGCGUGUCGAAAGCAGGUAACUCGGGAGCGGUAUCGAUUUCGACAUCGGAUGCAACGGGCGGAAAAGGCGGCUCCGUCGAGAUCCGCAUUGGGAGUGGCGACGCUGAUACGGGCGGAGGUAUCAACGUUGUGGCAGGUACUUCUACCAAUACUACCGGGACAGGAGGAGCCAUUAGUCUGAAAGCUGGGUCAAGCAAACAAGGCGGGGCCAUUUCGGUUGCAGGCGGUAGUGGCAGCUCUACAAUUGGC